GUCGGACAAAAAAGCGACUCUCAAGUUAAAACCCUAAAACCCUUUUCGAAUCCAAGACGACCUCAUCUUCUUCACUUCACGCUCGCGCUCGUCGUCUGCUUCCUUCCGUUUCCGGCAAUUUCUAACUUGUUCUAAUGGCGAAUCUCAGAGAACCGCAGAGUCGCUGCGUCUUUGUGGAGACGAACCUCGAAACCCAUCUCGGUGUUCUCCUCAACAACAAUGAUACAAGCUCUGAUUUCAAAGAAAAUUUAUGCAAGGAGCAUAUGCAAUGUUUUCCAGAAAUUGGAGAAAUUGAAAUUUCUGCAGUAAAGGUUAAACGAAGAGAUCAGUUUUAUCACUGCUCAGACUCUGUGAUUUUGAGCUUGGCGCUUGCAGGAAUUAGAAAUUGGUAUAUAUAUGUUGAUCUGAGUGUAAAAGCUACCAACAAAAAAUGUUCCGAAAAUGAGUUGCUUGAGAGAGAGAAGGAGAUUGCAAUUGAUGGUACCAAAGAUCUGACCAUUGAAGAUGCUUUGGAAGAAGUAGCUGAGAAGAAAUCAAAAGAGGGGAAACUGAAAAGUUCAGAUGAAUCUGAUGUUGUUGCUGCAACUUCUUCUAGAUAUAAUGCGGAUGAGAGUCAGGAGCUAUGUGGAAAAGUGCAGGUUGCUUCUGAAUCUUGUGAUGUUGAGAAGCUAAAUGAGGUUGCUUCUGAAUCUUGUGAUGUUGAGAAGCUAAAUGAUCUUAAGAGAGCAAUAGAUCUUGAAACAGGAGAAGAAUUAGACAAGAUUGGCCUAGAGAAGAUUCUUGCACCUACUUUAGCACUUGUUGAUGCGCAUAUAACUUUAAGAGAUGAUGUGAAUGAGCGUCAGAAGGUAUCUGGAGAAGUACAAGUUGGUCUUGCUGCUGAACAUUGUGUGAUAUCACCAACAUAUGAUUUAGUCGCCGGAGCAAUAGAAAAAAACAGAAAUGUUCAAGAUAAUCUUCAAACUGCUGGAAACCAGUUAGAGGCUAACAGUGGUCUUUCUACGGAGAAGAAGAAGAAAAGGCGAAAGAGGCCUUCAAAGAAGAAUCGCAUCAAUCGAUCUACUGCUGGUGUUACCCCAGCUAAAGAAGAUACUCUUGUCCUGAUUGUUGAAGAGGAUCACAACAAUCAACCUAUCAAAGUUGUGGGAGAUUGUGAUGAGGAGAAUGUCAGUAAGGAUUUGGCAAGCAAAGCUGAAGUUUCUGAACAGAAAAUGGAUAAAAAGGGAGAAGUUCAUCAAGAUGCUGCUACUCCAGCUAAAGAAGAUACUCUCGUUGCUUCUGGUGCACAGAUUGUUGAAGAGGCUCAGAAGAAUCAACCUAUCAAUGGUGAAACUGUCGGUAAGGAUUUGGCAAGCAAAGCUGAAGUUUCUGAACAGAAAAAUGAUAAAAAGGGAGGAGUUCAUCACGAUGCUUUGGGUGCAGAAAGUGUUGAUAAGGUUGAGGUCAAAACAAAGAAGAGGAAGAAGAAGAAGAAGAAGAUGAGCGAUAAGAAGAAGCCUUGUGAUGAUAUGUUAGAGAAGACCGAUGGCGUUUCUAUACCAAUGAAUGAGGAAAAACCACAACUCGACGGAAAAACAUCUUUGCCAAGUUCUGUCUUAAUACACAAUAACGUUGAGGUCGAAACAAAGAAGAGGAAGAGGAAGAGCGAUGACAAGAAAAAGACUUGUGAUGAUGAUCACGAAACUGGUGAUAUGGAUGAGAAGACGGAUAACCUUUCUGUACCAAGGAAUGAGAAAAAACCAGAAUUGGAGGUGGUAAGAUCUUUGUCAAGUUCAGUUUUAAAACUCAAUAACUUGGCUCGAGGAAUGGCUUCACUAGGAACAAGAGAUUCACCUAGAUGCACAUGCCAAGGUCAAAGAAUCAGGAAGUUGGUCGUGUUAGAUUUGAAUGGUAUCCUUGCAGAUAUUGUUCAGGGGUAUAGAGGUUCUCCUCUUCCAGAUGGUAUAAUUUCAGAUAGAGCAGUUUUCAAGAGACCCUUUGUUGCUAGAUUUCUCGACUUCUGCUUUGAGAGAUUUGAUGUUGGCAUAUGGUCUUCCAGACGCAUUGGAUUGGAUUACAUGGCCUACAUUGUCAUGGGGAACCACGCAAAAAAUGUGACUUUCUGUUUCGAUCAACAUAUGUGCACUACAACAAAGUUCAAUACUCUAGAGAAAAGCUCAAAACCUAUAUUCCUUAAGGAUCUAAGAAGAGUUUGGGACCGUUUUGGUACAUGUCAUACUUGUGGAAGAGGAAAGUACAAUGAGAGAAACACUUUGUUAGUUGACGAUUCACCCCACAAGGCCUUGUGUAAUCCUCCAUACACUGGAAUCUUUCCUUGCCCGUACCAAUACACAAACCGUAAAGAUUCUGAAUUGGGACCUAAUGGUGAGCUCAGGAAGUACUUGGAAAGGUUAGCGGAUGUGGACAAUGUUCAAGAGUUUGUAGCGGAGAAUCCGUUCGGCCAAACAGCAAUAACGGAGAGGCAUGAGUCAUGGGAGUUUUAUUCGAAGGUCAUCGAGGCAUAUAAGUAAAUCGAUUCAGGAGACUUUUGCUUGAGUAAGUCUUGAUUGUUUAAUUGGUACUUGAGAGCACAACAUAGGUUAUAAGUUAGUUCUGGAGAAAAACGUCAUUGUUUUUCAACAAAGACUAGAUUCUCUUCAAAUUUUGUUUACUUGUGUUCUAAUUUAUAAUCUUUUAAUUUGACGUACGUAAAUGGUAAAAAUGAUUAUGCGUUUAUAUUUCUUCC